CAAUUCCCUCACGUCAUCAAUAUGGCCGUACCUGGACUGCUUUAUACAAUUCAAAACAACCUUCUAUAUGUCGCGCUCUCUAACUUGGACACACCAACAUUCCUAGUAACCUCUCAGCUCAAGAUCCUUUCCACUGCCCUCUUCUCCGUUUUCAUAUUCAAGAAAAGCCUCACAAACUUACAAUGGACAUCAUUGGUGCUGUUGACCCUAGGCGUAUCGCUAGUUCAACUACAGCCGAGCUUAUCAACGAAAUCAUCCCUUCAUAAACUCAAUGACGGACAAGAUUGGCUGAAAGGGUUAAUCGCGAUCAUCUGCUCGUGUUUAUCCUCUGGCCUGGCUGGAUGUUAUUUCGAAAAGCUCAAUCUUGAAUUAAAAUCCUCUCAAAUUUCCCAACCACUUUCCAACUCUCUAUGGGCGAAAAAUUUACAGCUCUCUUUUUGUACAAUCCCAUUUGCAUUCUUAGCAAUCUAUCUCGACCCUCGUGCAUACAUUGAAGUCACCAAAAGAGGUUUCUUUUGUGGUUAUAGCACUUUGGUUUGGUCUGUGAUUGUGUACCAUGCACUUGGUGGGAUCUUGGUCUCAAUCAUUGUUAAACAGAGUAGCACCGUCACCAAAAGCUUUGCAAAUAGUCUCUCAAUAGUC